GCAGCCGACAUAACACAGCUGUUGGUGAAGGGUUAUGUUUGUAUAAUUGGUAUCAUAUUAUGGAUUUCCUGACCUUAGUAAUCAUCUACUCUAUUGCCUUCGCUAUAUUUGCAUAUAUCUUCUUCUUGGGUGACUCAUCUUACCAUCAGCAUGGUAUCGUAGGAAACCUCAGAACAGCCAUUAUCAAUUUCAUUAUUUGGUGGCCUGAACAUUGUCUUCCCACUCCAUUGUAUCGUAUGUGUAAAAGACAACUGGAAUAUGUAUUAUAUACAAGAAACUGCUGUAUGCAGGUACUGUACAUAUCAUUGGUUGCAAUAAUCUAUCUAGAGCUGACUGUCGAAAUCAUGCCUCUUGCUGUUAACUAUAAAUUUGGGUUUAGAACAAUAGCCUUGCCGUACAUCCUUGCUAUCAUCAAUACCUAUUAUUUUGUACGAUGUUGCCAUGGCAACCCUGGAGUCAUCACUGAGGCCAAUCAUGAGAAUUUUCACAAGGUUUAUGCAUAUGAUGGAGUACUCUACAAACCCAAUGUGAAUUGUAAAACGUGUAAAUUCAUCAAACCUGCACGGUCAAAACACUGCGCCUUGUGUGACCACUGUGUUCAUCGUUUUGAUCACCAUUGUUCCUGGGUCAAUAACUGCAUCGGUGGAUACAAUGUGUACUAUUUUCUUGCCUAUUUACUGACAAUCAUACUUGGAUGUCUAUCUAUCAGCUAUGUAGCAGCAUGGUAUCUCAAAUACGUCACACUACUGUCAGGUUUACAAAACGCUCAGUACAUCGGUGAAGACUCCCAACCACAUCCGGUCACUAGGUCUAUUAUAUUCCAGCAUCUAUUUCUACAGUAUCCCCGAGUGGUGUUCUUAAUGACGUCAUUGCUAUUGUUAUCCCUGAUUCUCGGCGUCUUCACAAGCUAUCACAUCAUUUUGAUGCUGACUAAUCAAACAACGAAUGAAAGAUGGAAAAAACUUCCUUAUGAAGUAGAACAAAAGCGAAAACAAACCAGACUCUUGUAUAGCAAAGGAAUUAUUGGUAACACUGCCGAAGUGGUCUACCCAAUAUGUAGAAAGAGGAAAAAGAGCUGAUAGUUAAAGCAGACUUUUUGUAAUUUGUACAUUAUAAAACUGCUUUAAUUUUGCGAGAGGUGAAUGAAAAUCAGAACAUUUUGUGGAAAUGAUAAUUUUCA